UCGUCGUGUCGACGGCUGGAGUUGCGACUCCGUCCGACUUUACCGAACAAGCAACUCAAGGUUUCCUUGGAAUGCUCUUUGCACCAUUUGGCUCUCAGUCCAGCGGUUCGGCCACUGCCUUCAAGGCUCCUAAGAAGGCACCUCCAGACACCGGAGAGACUCCUACAAGAUGGAUUCCACCACCUUCCCCGUACAGGGCCUCCUCAUCUCCGUACCGGUCAGAGUCCAACCACCGACACGAACCCUACUAUCGGUCAGAGUCGUCGUACGGAUCAGAGCGUUACCGACCGGAAUCUCCAUUUCGACCCCCAGAGUCCCCAUACCGGCCCCCUGCCAGUAAAUCUCGAUCCGGUCCAUGGGCUGCCGAAGAACAUUGGGUACCACCCCCAAAACACUGGGAGCCCCCACCGACGCACUGGGAACCUCCGCCGGCUCCAGCCCCCAAACCAAAACACGGAGCCUUCAGCAUAAAGAUCCGACCUGCUGCGCCACCGGAGGACGAUCACCACCACCAUCACCAUUAUGACGACGGCCAUCACAAAAUCCAGAAGAAGCCUCACUACAAGACCGUGGAUGCGAAGAUACGACUGCCGCCCGUCAAGUUUAGACUUCACGUUAGUCCGAAGAUUCGGAUCGUAAGUGGCACGAAGGAUCCACUGGAGCGCCCGCCUCCGCCUGAGCCUGAAGAGCACUUCCCGUGGGAGAAGCCGAAGCACGAGAGCAAGCACACGUGGCCACCUCCGGGAUGGGAGAAGCACCACUCAGGUUGGGUGCCACCACCAGGAUGGGAGAAGCACCACUCAGGCUGGGUGCCACCACCAGGAUGGGAAAAGCAUGGAUCGGGUUGGGCUCCUCCACCGGGAUGGGAAAAGCAUGGAUCUGGGUGGGCUCCACCACCAGGAUGGGAGAAACAUGGAUCCGGUUGGACUCCUCCACCGGGAUGGGAGAAGCAUGGGUCAAGAUGGGCCCCGCCACCGGAGAAGCACGGGUCAAGAUGGACCCCUCCACCGGAGAAGCACGGAUCAGGAUGGGCACCUCCACCGGGAUGGGAGAAACAUGGACCCGGAUGGGUUCCUCCACCGGGAUGGGAGAAGCACGGUUGGGAAAAACACGGUUCUGCAUGGCGGAAGCGACCGAGUGGACGGCCGAGUGGAUGGGAAAGCCAUAGCGGUUGGGACAGACAUGCCAGUGGCAGCGGAUGGAAGGACCAUCCGAGUGGGUGGGAGAAACAUCACCAUCACCACAGCGGAUGGGAGAAACCGCCUCCGAGUAGCCCAUGGGAAAGUCCCCCCAGUGGCUGGGAGAAGCACGCCAGUGGUUGGGAGAAGGACCCGUGGCAUAAGGCCAACGGCCCUUGGCCAGAUCAUCAGCACUACAAGCCACACCAUCGUUAUUACCCACCGGACUACCCGCGCUAUGACCCGCAGUUUCGCGUCAAAGUCCAUUCCCACAUCGUGACCGAUCCCCCGCCGACGACGACAACGACGACUACAGAGGCCCCGACUCCUGCUAACGUUCGCUCCGAAGAAAAGGUCGAAGAACGCUCUGACCCGGCCGAGACCACAACUACGACUACAGAGGCCACCACCACGACGACAACUACAGAAGCAACCACCACGACGACAACUACCGAAGCAACCACAACUACCUCGACCGAAGAAGUCACUACUCCAACUGCCACGACGACAACGGCAAUAACAACACCUACUACUACUCCAACUACCACGACGACAACGGCAAUAACAACACCUACUACUACUCCCACUACCACUACUGCAGCUGCUGCUACUACUACUACUACUACUACUACUACUACUACUACUACCGCGAGCCCUGAGAUCGAGGACCCCGUUAGAGGUCUUGAACGAGAGUCUCCUCGCACCGAAGCUCCUGUGGCGGUGUCUACGCGAGAAAGUCUUCCAGAAUCGGCACGACCUGAAAGACAGUCUCUGCCACCACCCGAAAAGCGUGAAGUCACUGUACCUGUCACCACAUCCCAUGGUACUAGCACAGAUUACGAAGCAGUCACCACAACAUCGACGAGAGCCUACACAGAACCAACCACAACGCCUCGUACACCACCCAGUGCUACUUCCACGGACUACGAAGCAGUCACCACAACACCGAUGACAGUCUACACAGAACCUACCACAACGCUGCCUACGACAGUGUCCGCUGGUACUGCCACAGUGAUCACGAUGGAUUACGUGACUAUACCCACUACACCAAUGUCGUCAGUCGACACGACAAGUGCAACAGAAACUUCUCAAACUUCCACAAUGGUGCCAACGGAGACAACAUCAGACAUCACGGCUGUUCCUACAACAGCUAUGGCAGAAACAACUAGCCAGGGACUAGAACGGGAAGAAAAAAGGACCACGACGACUUCAAUUCCAACUGCGCACUCGUCAACGGAGCUCGAGCUGAACAAUGAAGUUCCCGAGAACAAGCCAAAUUCAGAGCCAAAACUGGCGAAGCCUGCCAAGUUCGAGGAACUGGUCGCUGACGUGACCAGCCCCGAAGAAAUAUCAACGAUGGCGGUGAACGCAUGACUAGUGUCGAUGUUGGUGGGGGAUGGAGAAAUAGGCCACUGGAAUAGGGCGCUCGGCUCUGUAGCACGAGCAGCCAACCACAUUAGAAACUAUUACUGAUGAAGCUGUGAGACAUGGAGCAGGGCGACAUGCAAAGAAAUACUUUGUAGAACAUUUUCAUUAUGGCCAUACCCUUCCACGGGAAGUGAAUCAGUAUCCCCAAUACACAGAAGGGAUUAGGUUGUGUUUUCUUUAUUCAACUCGCGACUCGGAGUGCCCGCAUCGAGAAGGGAGUCGUUGGGAGUCGACGACUCUCGCGCAUCUCUGGUGUUGAAUUUUUUCGAAUUUUAGAACGAGAGUCACUGCCACUUGCUCGAGUCCAAUAGACGAACACAACCUUUGCAUAUCGCUCUGCCCCGACGAGUUAAAGGAGCACGGAAGGACUCGAAAACCGAGGACCUCAACCGUCAGCCUCCGCGAGGAAGGCUGACCUUCCCCACCCCAUAUAGCAAGCAAGCAUGUCUGCUACCCAAUAAGUCAGGCGCCCGCGCCUUCUUUUUUCGUAAUUGCAUUUUAUAAUUGGAUUUUGCGCUGCCCGUCCCACGUCAUGACUAGACGUUCGCUCUAGCAGACGAUUCUCGACAGCCAACAAAAAGGUGCUCCGCUUCCCUGACGUGCCAGGAGUAGACUUUGCGAGACCGCCGCGCGCGUUCAUGUAAACGAAUUUUCUCGGGAUUUUCGCACUUCCCAAAGGAAACAGUUUGCGUGACGGCUCCUCAAGGUAGUAUGUCCAUAUCAGCCUGAAAAAAAGGAUGAAAAAAGAAGAAAAAAAGAACAGGAAGAAAGACAUGAUUGAAGUGGCUUCCGUGCUCCUUAACGACCCACAGCAAAAAUGUGCCUGUUUCUCACGAGACAAUAUAUACCCCGCCAACAUCGAACAUGAGUAUUUCAAGUAUUUUUGCUUACGAGGAUCUCCUCAUAUUCGUCGAGGUGACGAUGUGCCUGAGCUGGUGAAACAGACUGCUGAACUUGCAUUUUGUACGUAUUACGCUAACACUACGGUUGCUGGUCAUUCCUCAUGGUGGUGUUCAACGCCUCUUUGUAGCAGGGUAUCUGGUUGGGUGCUGCUUCGGAGCGCUGUAUACGGGUUGUGGCAUUUCUACGAGGGAAAUAUUUGCCACUUUUCAGAGGGAGCCCCUGUCAUGGACAUUUUUUUUUUUUAGAAAUGGUGAACCCGCUCGCCGUGCACUGCAGGAAUGCAGGACUGUGGUGAUGGGAUAUUGAUCUUUGUAUAUUACUGUCGUGGGUGUGCGGAGAGCCGUCUGCGUGUACAUAUUUGUAAUAAAGGUAGCCGUAUGGCGUUUUGUACAUUGUU